AUGAAGAUGUUCCCGAGGUUCAUGUCGCCGCCCGCUCCACAACACCAGCAGACGACAGCCAACCUGAUGCACCACCAGCAGACGGCAGCCAACCUGAUGCACCACCAACAGGCACAGCAGACGAUGACUGCCAAUCUCCUGACACAGCACCCGUUCUAUGGCUUGCCGAGCCCCUUUGUUCCCCACUGUGACCCUCCCCCUCAAGGCACAGACCUUAUGACGUCAUUGCCUCCCAUCCUCCCCCGCUUCCCUCUCUACCUCCCGCGGGUGUCUCCGGACGUCCACCUCUUCCUCCCCGGUCUCACUUCCGGUCUGACCCCGAGACCUUCACCCCAGCACUCGUUUUUCACCCUGGCUGACCUUGACCUCUGCCUGUACGGGAACACGUCCUGGCUGACGAGCAAAACUUCCGGUGCCAGCAAGACUCGAUCCUACACCUUCAGUGGGAUCAGGAUCAGCCAGCAGAAUAAUGAUUCCACAGGUAACAGUGACAUGACGUCACAGUACCAACUGGCACCGUGGCGCUCCCAUAAAUCUGUGCCACCUGUCCACGACCUGCCCAAAGGGCUGGUGUUGUCGCAGACAAAUCUGGCUGGCGUCGGUCACUACGCCGUGUUCUGUGGGUCAAAGGUCAUCCCAAAGGGGACAAGAUUUGGGCCGUUCAAGGGCAGGGUGGUCAACCCUAGCGAAAUGAAGACGUUUGCUGAUAACGGUUAUAUGUGGGAGAUUUUUAAAGAUGGCCGCCUAAGCCACUUUCUCGACGGAAGAGGAAGUGCUGGCAACUGGAUGUCAUACGUGAACUGCGCGCGCACACUGGUGGAGCAGAAUCUGACAGCGUCACAAGAUGGCGACUUUAUUUACUAUGAGAGCUGCUGUGACAUUCCCCCAGGAGCCGAGCUGUUGGUGUGGUACACGGAGACCUACGAGCAGUUCAUGGGGAUUCCCCUCGGCCUUCAGGGUUCAGGGACCAAGAAUGUCAAGGACACUCCUGAUCAGGAAUCCGGAUGUGGGUACCAGUGCGAGCAUUGUGGGAAGGUGUUCACGUACAAGUACUACAAGGACAAACACCUCAAGUACACCAAGUGUGUGGACCAAGGUGACCGGAAGUUCCCGUGCCAGCUGUGCAACAGAUCAUUCGAGAAAAAAGAUCGACUACGUAUCCAUGUCCUCCACGUCCACGAGAAACACCGCCCCCACAAAUGUGUGGUGUGUGGGAAAAGUUUCAGUCAGUCGUCCAGCUUGAACAAACACAUGAGGGUCCACAGUGGUGAGCGACCCUACAAGUGCGUCUACUGCAACAAGUCUUUCACCGCCUCCAGCAUUCUGCGGACCCACAUCCGGCAGCAUUCAGGCGAGCGGCCCUUCAAGUGUAAAUUUUGUGGCAAGGCGUUCGCGUCCCAUGCAGCCCACGACAGUCACGUGAGACGCACGCAUGCGCGAGAAAAGCUAAUAUCCUGCGAGAUUUGUGGGCUGGGUUUCCCCCACGAGUACGACCUACAGCGUCACUCUGUGUCACACAUGGAAAGUUUCCUGAGCGGCUCCUAUACUCCCGACAGCGGUCUUGGAAAAACCAGCCCGGAAUGGGAGAGCUCUGGGAUCGGAUCCAAGAAAGGAGGAGUCAUCCCAAGCACUGAUGUCACUUCACUGUUUCACGACUCGCACAUCCGCCGCGAGCUGUCCCGGGUUUCGGUCACAUGA